AUGACUGGCACUGCCUUUGGUGAUUUGGUUGAGGCUGGAAAGCAGCUGGAGCUUUAUAGCUCACAGCGAAGCUGCCGCAUCCAAACAGCCGUGCUCAAACAAACAGCCGCCGCAUCCAAACAGCCACGCUCAAACAGCCACGCUCAAACAGCCACGCUCAAACAGCCGCGCUCAAACAGCCGCGCUCAAACAGCCGCCGCACCCAAACAGCCGCACUCAAACAAGCAGCUGUAUCCAAACGGUCCUGCUCAAACGGCCCUAGACAAAUGGCCGGGCUACCACAUUCGAUCAGCUCUUAAUGACCAACCGGCCAGCCCGCCUCCUGGGCAUGAUGACUAG